CUCAACCUCCGUUACGCACCAACUCUUGCGGUGCUUUUGUUCGUCGUCGGUCAGAAUGGCAGCCAAAGGAAAGGCAAGAACUCUAAUCGUUCGACUCAUUUCCACUGCUCAAACCGGGUAUUUUUACACGACCCAACGAGUGCGCACCGGUCCGAGGCUUUCGGCGGUCAAGUACGACCCAAUAGGUUUGCUGCUGUCCUUUCGCGACUUGUAGGCAUUCCUGAUCAAUUUUCUUUCACUUAUUCAGCGAAGUCUAGGGUGCUUUUUGUGGAGAGUAAGAAGACCAGGAAGUAGUGCUUUAGUCCGUGAUACUCGCGUCCGCACUGUACAGCAGUUUGCCU